AUGAGUGUGAACGCAACGCCAGAGAGCAGCGCCGCGAAUAAGCAGCGGAGGGAUGAUGCGAUCCGCGACGAGUGGAUCAAGGUGAUGCAAGUGCGUCUCGUGCGCGAGGAGCUUCAAAAGUGUUACCGCGCCGAGGGAGAGAACCACUACAUGGUGUGCGCGCCUAUUGUGAAAAUAUACGACGACCUUCUGAAGGACGCCAAGGUCAAAGGCUAUCGCACUGUUGACCUGUAA